UCCGUUUGAUUGGAGGGAGUACUAUACUACGGCUAUACAAGAGACGUAGACGUCCCGACGACCAUGUACCAGUACACCAGACCAUGCACGAGGUACGCAGCAGGACGUACAAUGCGCGCGCAGCAUGAUGCAUGCGUGCGUGUGUGCGUUGUGUAAAUUGGCACGGUCACGCCGACGUACACGUACGUACUACCAGGGUCCAGGACGCAGCCUGCGCCGCUGCGCUGCGUCAGCAAAGACCGACACAGGAAGGAGGUGUCGUCGGUCCGGCGGUCUCCGGCGGGCGGGGCUGCAGGUCUUCCCCCCAUCCCCCGUCGGUCUGUAGCGGUCCACGCAAGGACCCGAAACGUACUCCGCGCGCCGCUGCUCUGGCUGGCUCUGCGGCUCUGCCUCGUCUUCUCCCACUCUGCGCCAAGGCAAGGCUGCCAAGUACUGGUACUGGGUGGUUGGCGUCGGCCUCCGGAGCCGCGCGCGUCGCGUCGGCCUGCGGAAGGAAUGGAUGGAUCCGGGCAGAUCCACCCCACGCGGCCACGCCUGAGCCUAAGCGUCCUCUCAGUCCAGUCCAGUCCCGUCCCAUCCACCACCACCACCUCGAGUCCUCGACCGCGACGAGAGGGGUAGCGCAGCGGUGGCGUGGCGUGGCGCGUCGCGCUUGGCAGCACGCGUAGGCACGCACACGGCUUUCUCUCUUUCUUCCUCUGCUGACUGACAUGUGGGGGGAAGGGUCAAGACGGGGCUGAGACGCAAAGGCAGCGCGCGCAGCGCAGGUGCAGGACGACGACGGAGAAAGAAAGAGGGCUGGCUGGCUGGCUGGCCUGGGAGGCUGGGACGGACGACGGAGGAGUGACUCCGCUGCCCGGCAUCGGCAGGCAGCGAAGCAUGCUUGCACAGAUGCGGCAUCAUGGCAUCGCCCCUCCUCCUCGAAAGGUCGGCAUCCUUUUUAGCCCGCCCAAGCCCAAAGGCCACCACCACUCGACCAUCACAGUUCGCUCCGUCCUGCUACCCAGCUACAACGCGCCACUCUUCCUCACACUACGACGACGCCUUGCCACGGAUUCGAUCGUCGCCGCUUGUCUGCCCUAUCAUCUCACUCCCCCCGCCCGCUUGCUUUUAUAUCUGGAGCUUCCCACCAGCAAAGCCUUGGCAUUGUGCUUCCUUGCUUUGUGUGUGGCGCGCUCCAGGUGCCAGCCCCAGGAGAGAAGACAAGCCGAGGUGUGGUUUAUCUGUUUGUUUUGCACAUUCCGCCUUAUUGUAACCUAGCUAUAGGCCAAGAGAAGCUCUGAGUCUUGCUCGGCAUUGCCGUUCGUAUCCGCGCAUACUCACUCUUGCAUGCUUGCGUCCAUUCACCACCAAGCUGUCUUGUCGUUGCCGCCCGCCCAUGCUUCAGCUCGGCACAGUUGCUUGCAUUGCAUUCCAGGUUUUCGCGACGACGGGGCUUCUCCAGAGCAUGUCAGGACUCAGGAGCCGGCCGGCGCCAGGUGGCGUGCACGCCGUCGAUCGAGUUCAUUCGAUUCCAGGCUUCCAGCACGCUGCACGCACGUAGUAGCUAGGUGGAGAGGAGCAUUCUACGUACCACUGCGCGUUCGUGUAGGCAGGCCCCUAGCUAGCUAGCUAGCCCUGUGCUCUGCGUGCUCCUGCUGGGCUUUACUCCUACUCUGCCUCGUAGUAGUCGUAGGAGGCCUGGCCAUGGCAUGCGCGGCGUGAGGACACAAAAGCCGCCUGCUUUCUUGGGAAAAGGCGGGGUCGUGCUGUGGUCGCCAUGGCAUGCAUGGCCGCAUGGGGGGACCCAGUCCCACACCUCAUAGCCCGCGUUUAGGCACUAGCAGCUUGGUGGAGUAGUACAAUGUACAACUACGACGACUGCUGCGAAUGCGUUUGGGCGGGUUGGGGCCGGGUCUUCUUCUUCCACCUGGCCUUUUUACUCCACCCUCCUCUUUGCCUGCUGUUCGCGAAACGGCAACAUCUCGCUUGCCAUUUACCACUCUCGUCCUCUCUCACAGUGGCAUGCAGGCGCGGUAGGGUAGAGUUCCUCACUUCUCGCCCAUCAACGAUGACGAAGUGCGCGUAAGCUGCUGCUGGGAAACGGAGAUUGGAUAGAUUCGCCGGGGGUCUUGUUGGCUUCAAGAGAGCCCGAGUUCUCCUUUUUCCAGCUUGGGUCUGGUACGCCAUCUCUGGGUCUGGGGACUGUAGAUGAUGACGUCCUCGUACGAGAAGGCCACGUCGGGUGUCCUGAGGAACGCGGCGGCGCUGCUCGACGAAAUGCAGCUCAUGGGAGAAACGCAGGGUGCCAAGAAGGUGAUCAACUCCGAGCUGUGGCACGCGUGCGCGGGGCCGCUGGUCUGCUUGCCGCAGCGGGGGAGCCUCGUCUACUACUUCCCCCAGGGGCACAGCGAGCAGGUUGCUGCUACCACUAAAAAGAUACCCAACUCUCGCAUCCCAAACUACCCGAGUCUCCCGUCGCAGCUGCUAUGUCAAGUCCACAACAUCACUUUGCAUGCUGACAAAGAAACUGAUGAGAUUUAUGCCCAGAUGACCCUGCAACCAGUACACUCGGAAACUGAUGUGUUCCCAAUCCCAACGCUCGGUGCUUAUACCAAAAGCAAGCACCCCAGUGAAUAUUUCUGCAAGAAUUUGACUGCAAGUGAUACAAGUACGCAUGGUGGUUUCUCGGUGCCACGGAGAGCUGCAGAGAAGCUGUUUCCGCAGUUGGAUUAUUCAAUGCAGCCUCCUAAUCAGGAGCUUAUCGUUCGAGAUCUGCAUGAUAACAUGUGGACAUUCCGUCACAUUUAUCGUGGCCAGCCAAAGCGACAUCUUCUAACAACUGGAUGGAGUCUUUUUGUUGGUGCGAAACGGCUUAAAGCUGGUGACUCUGUCUUAUUUAUCAGGGAUGAGAAGUCACAGCUCCUUGUGGGUGUUAGGCGGGCCACCAGACAACAACCGGCUUUGUCAUCAUCCGUCCUGUCUACUGACAGUAUGCACAUUGGUGUUCUUGCUGCUGCAGCUCAUGCAGCAUCAAGUGGUGGCUCGUUUACUGUUUACUACAAUCCUCGGACAAGCCCGUCGCCAUUUGUGAUUCCUCUCGCAAGGUACAAUAUGGCCACAUAUCUGCAACCAUCAGUUGGAAUGAGAUUCGCGAUGAUGUUUGAGACGGAGGAGUCAAGCAAGCGCAGAUGCACAGGUACAAUUGUGGGAAUUAGCGACUAUGAACCGAUGCGAUGGCCAAACUCAAAAUGGCGCAACUUGCAGGUAGAAUGGGAUGAACAUGGGUAUGGAGAAAGACCUGAAAGAGUUAGUCUAUGGGAUAUCGAAACUCCAGAGAACAUGGUUUUCUCUUCCCCAUUGAAUUCGAAAAGGCAAUGUCUUCCUAGUUAUGGAGUUUCUGGCCUACAUGUGUCAUCAAUUUCAAAGCCACAAGGAAGUCCUUUUGGUAACUUGCAGCACAUGCCAGGGAUCAGUUCAGACAUUGCUUUGCUGCUUCUCAAUCAAUCUGCCCAGAACCUCGGGAGUUCAAUUGCUUGUCAACAAUCAUCAUUUUCCAGCAUUAUUCAAAAUGCUAAGCAAAGCUAUUUCCCUCCAACGACAUUAGGUGCUUCCACUGGUUGGAAUGAAUCUCAGCAGCAGUUAAACGCCCUUGGUAUUCAAAAAGGUGAUCAAGUAAGCUGUGAUGUUCAGCCAGGUAUUGAUUCAAUCACUGCACCGGAGAUGAAUGUUAAACCAAGAGUCCCAAGAAGCACGGAUUCAUACUCAAGUCAGAGCAUUUCGGAUCCAAACAGCAAGAGUGACCCUAAAACAAAAACGCGAAGGAGCAAGAAGAGCUCGUCUCACAAAACCAUUUCGGAUAAAUCUGAGAUUUCUUCAGUACCUUCUCAGAUCUGUGACAAGCAAAGGCAUGGUUCAGAACCAACAUCGGCAGACUUUGAAGCAGAACAAGCUACCUGUGGGAACAAUGAGGAUUCAUCUGGUGCACUCACACGUGGUGAUUUUGCUGGAGAGCUACAAGUUCAGCAGGUUGAACAAGAUGGUCUACUUCCACCACCGAAGUUAGAGUCAUCAAAGUCACCUGAUGGAGGGAAGUCCGUCAGCUCGUUCCCAAACCAAGGGUGUUUCUCACAGUUCUUUGAGGGUCUGGAUUGGAUGAUCCCGCCUUCCUGCUACCAAGACUCCAAUGGCAUCCAUUCAGUUACCACAUCGGAUAGCAUCUUUAAUCCGUCUGAAGGUAUACCACCUUCCACAAUGAACGCGGACGGCAUGGACGCGUUCCAAACCUCUUGCCUUUCCGAGUGCUUUCCUAAUUCCAUCCAAGAAUUCAUCAGCAGUCCAGAUAUAAACACACUGACAUUUAUGUCGCCUGAGAUGCAACAUCUGGAUGCCCAACACGACGGCAGCAACUUGCAGAGCACGUCCAACUCCUAUGUGCAGAUGAGCUUCUCGGAGGAGAGCCAGAGUGCAUCCUUAAGUGGCCUACACAUGGAAGCUGUCCAUAUCAACAGCUCCUGCCUUCAACCACUGGCGACAGGGAGCUUUGAUGCAGGGACGUUCUCAAAACUAUCAAACAUAAAAGAAUGCCAGGCCUUGCCUCUGCAGGAGAUUCACAACAGCUCCAUGGGAACACCUUCGUGCAGUAUGGAUGCGGCGGCGGUCGAGUACUGUAUGGAUCGAAGUGUGAAGCCACUGAAACCACCGGUCCGGACAUAUACAAAGGUUCAAAAGUUAGGAUCAGUUGGAAGAUCUAUCGACGUUACACGGUUUAGAGACUACCAUGAGUUGAGGUCAGCCAUUGCCUGCAUGUUUGGACUACAGGGGAAACUGGAACACCCUGGCAGUUCAGACUGGAAGCUUGUUUAUGUCGACUACGAGAACGAUGUUCUCCUCGUUGGAGACGACCCGUGGGAGGAGUUCAUCAACUGUGUGAGAUGCAUUCGGAUCCUGGCGCCUUCGGAAGUACAGCAGAUGAGCGAGAAUGGCGUGCAUGUCUUGAACGACUGCAUGCAAAUGGCUUAGAAAGUCAGGGCUAUAUGUCCUGCGCAGCCUGCACAGUGUAACGUCGCAAAUACGAGAAAUGAGUGUUCUUCGUAGCCACGCAGCGGCUCUUCUUGUAAAUAAAAGAUACAUCACGUGCAUCCAAUUCUCUGAAUGCUUUGAUUCUUUUCUAGCACGAGAAGAGACCAUUAUUAUAUGGCGGUGCAUUACAGGUCUAUUUUCUAUUUUUUCAUGCAAUGACUUAAAUUAUGAGCUUA